AUGACCGACUCUCCUAAGAAGGCCCGCGUGGACAACACCGACGAGACCACUCCCCCUCUAGCCGAGAAGACCAAGUCAACCUUAGCUAAGAAGAUCGUGCAACCCCACGAGCUCGGCAACCCCGACCAGCAGUCGGAUGAUGAGGAAGCUCUAAGUGAGGUGGCUUCAAGCGUUGACAAGGCCGAUGCUUGUACGCUUGCUCUGGAUAGCAUCUUGCAAAAGCUUCCUGAUAACGUGUCCGAGUACAUCCGUGACAACCUCCCAUCUGGGGCUCAGGCUGAUGUCGCCUCUCUCUUGGUGUCCAAGAACCUCGUCACCAAAAGCAUGAUCGGACUCCUCGACGACACCAGCUGCAAAGAGCUCGCUCAUCUGUUGUCCGACAGAACCAACUUGAUUUUCUUGAAGGCCGUCGGCCGCAACUGCGGUGCGCUUCACUCUCUCAAAAGAAAGGCGGAUGACACUCGAUCCGAGAGUGGUUUGGGGCCAGAUUCUGUGGCAAAGCUGCAGUCGAAGUUCAAGGCAAAAUACGGCAUGGCUAUACCAGGUCGCUUCACCGUCGAUGGCCAAGUGCUGAGCAAGAUCAAGAAGAAUGAAUUGGUGCGUUUGGCGGAGUGCGACGAGCCCGGACCACUCUCCAAGAAGAAGAGACUCGUCAUCGAUCCCCUUGGCAAGUCCGUCAAUCUAGAAGAUAUAGGUCUCCCACGAGCUCCCUAUCAAUGCGAAGCUGCCCACGUGGGUGCCUGUAUCACCCGCUUUUGUCUGUCUGCGGCCAUGCUCGGGAAAAUGACUCCCACAGAGGGCCUCAUAUACAUGGCGAGGCUUUUCGAGGUGGGCGAGAAAACUUCAGUUCACACUAUACGGUCUGCCGACUUGGGUAUGAGGUUGGAAGCUGUCCGUGGUGGAUACGAUGACGCUUCGUCUUUGGGCCAGAGACUAGCUUCCGGCCAAGCCGAUAUUUUGGCCGCUUGCCGAGCCGAAGGCCGCAGUGUUUCUUUCGCAAGCUCGGCCAGCUCUACUAAUCGGCCUCGGAGCCAUCAACGUGGAGACGAACCAUGCAGGCUGUACAUGCGCGGGAAGUGCCACUAUGGUUCCAACUGCAAAUACAGGCAUGAUAGAAGUCGCGGGCGUCAAGGUGAGAGAUCAUCCAACUCUAAGCGCAUUACUAAGGAGGAAUGA